GUGUUUAGUUCUCCCUGUUCUGCUUCCUGCAAAUACAGCAAACAAAUUAACAAGCAGAGAUGGUGACAAAUGUUUAGAAAGCUAGUUUUGGAUUAACAAAUACAAGUAUUUUCACUAGAAACCCGAGAUUGAAUUAAUAUAACUCUCAGUCAGGCACGGAAUAUACCACUUGACCUAGGUGUGCAGCUGAAAUUAACUCGGCUCCAGUACUGGGUACCGAGUCCUUGUGAAGAGCUUCUCAUACACCUUCUAUACACUAUUAUUCAUUGAAAUGAUUUGUCAAAUAAGUUCAAACAAGACUAAGAAAACUGUAAUCUUCUCCCAGGCCAGUAGGCACCAGCUGAUGAAUAAAUUACUUGUUGUGACCGCUCAGUCUACCCUAGUCGGGGAACGGUGCUGACAAGCAUCACAAUUCUUCUAUUGCAGCACAGGUUUAGUCGCAACUAGAAUGAGCAGCAGCAUAACAGAUAAUUGUACAUCUUCCAGAGGUGUCUAAAGGCUGAUACACUCAUAGACUGACACUAAUUUAACUAAAUCAUUUUCAAGUCACAACUUUAUUGUUUCAGUGCAAAUUUGAAAUUAGACUGGCCCUAGGGAAAAUAGUUUGUGAAGAAACUUUAGUUCUGAAAUCCAAGCUAAAAAAUGGGUAUGUCAAGAGCUUCGAGACGUAUGAGCAUGUCCUGGCAAAUCGGCAUCUGUGAGGACGAUCAAUAUUUUUAUAAAAUAAACCAGUUAAUGUAAAUAAUAUGCUUGAUUGUCAUCUGCAGUUGAGGAGAACGUGACAAUGGCAAGAAGGCCAGGCACAUAUCUGCAGCACCCACUGCCCUCCACUUUCUUCAGUCUAAGAGCAUAUCUACACAGGAAUUACCAGACUAACUAAAGAGGCAAAACUCACUAGUUAAAGGACAUUAAACUCCUGUGGUUGCUCUCGUUCAUAUGUAAAAAUGCCUUUAUUUGCUUCAAUUAGCUUAAUCAAAUGAACCCAAGCUACUUUACUUUUGAAUGCGAGUGUCCCUACUGGGGCUUCAUAUGCUUUAAAUUCUCGCCUCUAGUUAGUUUGUGUUAACUUUUCUGAGCGUCACAGUGUAUGUAUAACGAACCCCAGCCGUCUCUACAACCCUUCUGUAAAACACCUGUAGGAACUAGGCCAGAACCAUCACACUGAGCUGUGCAGUUUAUCGUCAUGCUUUGUUUAUGUAUUGCACACAGCAGGCUCAGUCCCCAGCUGGACAGGAGGAGAGAGAACCUGUGAUGGGCAGAACACAGCUUCUGUAUUUCAGGCUCCUUUUGACUUGUCACACAGUGGUGAUGUUUUCUGGUCAGGUUACAAAUCAUCCUCCCCCAGGGAAUGACACCAUGCGAGCAGAGACCCUCCAUGGAACUGAAAAUACAGUCUUUUCCAGAAACAAUGAAACAGCCACCACUACAGAUAAGAGAGUUCGUAUAACUACGCUGCAGACAGCAAGAACAAGCUGGGAUACUGCUGUGACCACAAUCACUAGUGUAUCUACUUUAAGACCUUCAUCACACUUUGCACAAAGCUUCCCUUAUCCCACUAACGCAGACAUCACCAGACUGUCAGAUACUACUGCCAGAUCUAGUUCUGUUACAGCACUGUCAUCUACACUCUUGCCAUUUAAUAAUUUUACAAAGCAUACGACCAGUGGAGAUUCUAAUCCCACAACAUCAGCAACAACACCAAAACCAGCAGCUCUGCAUCCUACAGCUGAUUCUCAAAAUGUCAGUGAAGCUUUGGAUUCAGUUCCUACAACCCAGGUUUCAACAGAAGGAUUUCAUCUGAAGAAUUCAGAGGACAUUCUCAGCAUUGGUUUCAGCAGCAUUUUUGUAUUUGCUGUUCUCGUCAUUAUCAUGUAUAGCUUUCUUAAGUACAGGAAAAGAAAAGCGCAAUAUUCCCACCACCCACUGCAUGACGUCUCUUCUGAAACAGCUGACAUAUACACCACUCCAGAUGACACACUGGUGAUUUCAGGCGGAUUGUAUGAUGCACCAAGAAUUGACAACCCCAGCAUGACAGCUUUGGACAAUGAUGAGGUUCAAGCCGAUUAUUUACCUUUGGGUUCCAGAUCUGGGCAGUUCAAACUUGAAUUUUCACUUGAUGAAAAAGACCUUUCCUAUAUCUUUGAAACUUUCCCGUCACUACCACAAGACUCUCAAUGUAGGGACAAUGCCUAAUACACAGCACAGAUUCUCAGAUUAUAAUUUAAAUCCUCAAAUAGCACUGUAAUGUGUUAUCAUGGCCUCAGUUUCAUGCCCAAUAUUUCUAUCAAUAUAAUGCUACUUGCACAUAUUCUGUUAUGUAAGAGAUGCUCCGUCUAUCUUGAGGAUGGCAUCGGUUUCUCAUGUGAAGCCUUACUUGCAACAGGAAAUUAAGGCACGUAACUAACUCUGCAGGCAAGCGCUCCGAUUCCUGGUAUUAGUGAUACAACAAAAACAUGAAUUAAUAGGGUAGGAUAGUCACGGAUUUUAAUUCUUAACCUCAAUGAAGUAAAAGUAUGAAACGUAUUGCACCUUUAACUGGGGUAUAGAUGAAAUGAUCAGCAAUUAUAUUCAAUUCCAUACCUAGGAUAUUGAUUAAGGAUAAAGCUUCCACAUACCCAAGUUUGGUUAUUGCUUUGGUUGAAAAUGUCAACAGCAGAGGCACUCAAAACUGGGAGCUGGCCGUCUUGAAAUGCAGGAGCAAGCAACAAGACACUUGGACCCAUAAAUGAAAUCCUGGCUCAGCUGAAGUCAAUAAUGGGUGAACUCCCACCAGCCUGCUGAUGUUCCCUUUCUCCUGAAAACCUGUAUCAGUCACAAUGCCAGAGCUGACUGAAAGAUGGGAAUUGAUUUUUUUGAGUGACAGCUGAUGUACACCAUUCUAAAAUAUGAUCUGAAGUUUUUGGGAAAGGUUAAACAGACCUGUGCAAAUGAUCUCUGGGAAGGCACUGUUCCUUGGAGUCUAGAGAAGUUUAAGUAGUUCUGUGCUUUGCCUUUUAAUAUAUCUGUUCAAAACACAUGCUGUAAACUAGACUAAAACACAACAUUCUGGGUCUGUCUACAUGUUGCCAUAUGGUGACAUUGCUACAGCGCCAUGCUUUAGAACUUCCUUUUGGUGGUACUAAAGCACAGAGCACUAUGGGCAAUUACUGCGCCACGCACACGGUGCAUGUUUAGAUUUCCCAGCUAGAUCGCCGUAGUGGCGCACUAUCCCCAAGGACUCUUUUUCUGUGCACCAUCCAGUCGCACAGAAACUGGGAACCCACUACAUUCCAUUUACAAUUUCAGCAGUUAAUCUGUACAUCUUUUAAAACCCAUUCUGUUUAAAUCUUUAUCUGCUUCAACUAGAAGCGCUAAAACGAUAACAUUUAGCUUUACUGAUUAAUAGGAAAUGCACCGUAACCAAAGUUUUCAGCCUCAGGAGUAAUGUAACUUCUAGACAAAGAAUGAAAUCUAGGCGUUAAUGAAGUGAAUAGGGGUUUUACCACUGACUUGCCAGAGUUUCACCCCAAGAUGUUUAUUGUUCUUGAUGCUUAUGUGUCACAGAGAUUAUCUGUAAAUUUCCUAAAUUUUAUUUUGGGCUCUGAAGAUAUUAUUUUUGAGAACCUAGGAUGAAUUAAAAACUAAACAACGUACGUUAUGGUACUCUGCAAAUUCAGUAAAGAAAAACCAAAGCUUUAACUAAAUAAGCUAUUAUUCUCUAAUACUUUCCACAUUUCCAUGUUACCA